AGUGAGCUUAGCUACUUAGCAGAAGACACACUGCAAUGGCUCCGCUGUCGAAACUGGUCCAGUAUUCUCAGCUGCUAUCGAUCCUACUCCUCCUUGUAGCAACAGUGAUCCCACAGCACGUCGCGGCUGCCGCUCAUGAACUACAAGGCCGGCCGCGGCAGGGGAUGAUGGGACGUCCGGGUUGCCGGGACAAGUGCGGAGGCAUGAGCAUCCCGUUCCCCUUCGGCAUGGACAAGCCCGGCUGCUUCCUCCCCGGCUUCGAGGUCACCUGCAACACCUCCUUCACUCCACCCCGCGCCUUCCUCGCCUACAACCACAACGACCCGCCAUACCAGGCAAUCUACCGGUGCAAAUUCGGCACCGACACCUCAGGCUGCAAGUACACGUACCAGCCGGUCGAGCUGUUCGGCAUAUCGCUCGAGACCAACGAGGUGCGCGUGUACGGCGGCGUCACCUCCCGGUGCUUCACGAGCGAAGCCGCGGGCCUAACCAAGGGCCAAUACAUGGAGCUGGACAGGGCGGGGCCGUUCCUCCUGUCCCCGCGCGACGACCUCGUCGGCGUCGGCUGGAACGUCAAGUCCUCCAUGUCCUACCAGAUCAAGCCCUACCCGGACCCCCUCUCCUGCACCUCAAACGACCCCUUCCGGGUCACCGCCCCGACCGGGUCCUGCUCCGGCCUCGGCUGCUGCCGGGUCGCCCUGCCGCCGCCGUGGCCGACUAUGCCUGUCAUCGAGACCGCGGUCAUCCUAGAGGAGGCAGUGGCUGGCGACAACACUUUCUGGAAAUACAAUCCGUGCUCCUAUGGCAUGGUGGUGGAGGGGUCCUGGUACAACUUCACUGCCGAGGACAUGGCCGGCUACGAGGUGCUCUCUAAGAAGCUCACCAGGGGCUUCCCUUUGGUGCUUGAUUUCGCCAUCAGGAACGGCUCCUGCCAGCGCGACAGCUGCCCCAGCGGCAACAGUUCCUGUGCCAAUGCAGCCUAUGACUCCGAAGGCUACGUCUGCAAGUGCAAAGAGCAUUACCAUGGCAAUCCCUACAUCGCCAAUGGAUGCCAAGUGGAAAAAUCUCUAACUCCCCCACGUACUAGAAUAUUUACAAGAUGGUCAAUUCACUUUCCCAGCGGUCAAGGUGCAUAUGGCCGGCAAAGCGUGAAGUGGAGUGACGGAGCAUCGUGGACCGCCUGCAGAUGAUAUCCAGGAGGAUGCAUCUCCUAGUAGGCGCCAGUGAUUGGAUAAUAAAGCAAAAGUUGUCAAAUGUUGUGUCGCUGUGCGGGUCUUUUUCUUUUUGGCUCUGUACAAGCUCAAAACUUAGAGUUUGUAGUAUCCAAACAAAUAAUAGCCCCCAUUUUCCUCCAUUCCAAGGCUCACAAGAUAAUCCAUCCUAGUGUUAAAAAAUGACAAGUACAAAUCAUACUGUUGCCAAAACUGGCGCUGCACAAGAAAAAAGGUUGUACAAGGCCAAAAGAGCCCAACA